AUCCCGGGGUCGGGCGUUGGGGAGAUUAAGUUAUGGUAGUCUGGUAGAGAGCGUUGGUGUGGUGUGGUUUUAUGUCACGCAAGCCCAGCAGACACUGGGAUUAGGGAUGGAAGGGGAGAGGGAUCUGAUCCUAUCAGGGGAGACGAGGUAUUUGCUGUUUUGGGUGGUGUGCUACGUACGUACAUAUCCAUUUACAUUACAUUUACAUUUACAUUUACAUUUACAUUUACAUUUACAUUUACAUUUACAUUUACAUUUACAUUUACAUUUACAUUUACAUUUACAUUUACAUUUACAUUUACAUUUACAUUUACAUUUACAUCUACAUUUACAUUUACAUUUACAUCUACAUUUACAUUUACAUAUCCAUUUACAUCUACAUCUAUACAUCUAGGGUAUCCCACCAGUACCUACCUACCAACCUACUCACUAAAGCGUGUUACUCAUUGAACUACCCACCUACCUACCUGGUAAGGAAGAAAGAAACCAUGUCCAUGCUUUGUAUAUUGUGUCUGGGUGUAG